AUGGCUUCGUCUGGCCAUCCCUCGUUCCAAACUCGCUCCUCCUACGCAACCAGCAAGCUUCCUGACCGCUCAGGACUAAACCCAAAUCCCUUUGGGUCUGCAUCAGUGCUUUCGCGGCGAGACAGGGUUGGGGAUUUCAGCGGCGACACGGGAACCGGUGGUGGAGGUAUGGGACUGGGGAAGUCGACGACGCAUGGAUCAACAAUGGUACAGGGUCAUAAUCCGCAGCAACAUGGUGUGCAGUCGCAUCAGGGGAAUGCAGGCGGAUUGGGUGGAAUAGGGGCCGGUGGUCCCGGUGGAGGGAAUAAUAAUCCGCUCAAUGACCUUUCUGAGGAGCAGAGGGAGGAGAUCAAUGAAGCUUUCACGCUCUUCGACCUCGACCGCGAUCGUCACAUCGACUACCAUGAACUCCGCGUCGCCAUGCGCGCUCUCGGCUUCACACUCUCUAAACCCGACCUAAUCUCCCUCCUCACAACCUACGGCGUCCCCCGCCCCGCUGCCGCCGCCGCCAACCAACCCAAUCAACCGCAACAAUCCCGCCAGCCCCAAGCCGCGCAGCAACAACAACAACAGCAACAGCAACCCCCACCCCACCCGUCCUCAUUGCUCAUGCCACUUUCCUCCUUCCAAACCAUCACAGCGCGCAAGAUUCUCGAACGAGAUCCACGUGAGGAGAUCUUGCGUGCGUUUGAGCUGUUUGAUGAAGGCGCGAAGGGAUAUAUUGACCUUGAGGACUUGCGGCGCGUGGCGCGGGAGUUGGGAGAGACGGGGCUGGAGGAGGAGGAGUUGAGGGCGAUGAUUGAGGAGUUUGACCUGGAAGGGGUAGGUGGAGUGACGAGAGAAGGGUUUGUGGGGAUUUGUUUACAGUGA